AUGGAGCUGCCUCCGCUGACUCUGGAGCAGCUUGCAGGGCUCAUAAGCUCCAACGCUCCACCGUCACAGCUCUUCGAAGCCUUAUCGCAAUACGAACAUGAAGCAUGUCUUAUGUCUGCAGGCAACGGCAGUCCUGAAACUGGUGGUGGUGAUCAAACACUAUUGAGCACGUUUUAUUCCAGCUUCUUUCUCGUCCAUCUCCUCACCGAUCAAGUGCCGGAAGCUCGAGCCUUAACAAAACGAAUUCCUGUAUCUCUCCUACACCAAGAUCCUUCUCUGCAAAACUGCUUGACCUUACUACGAGCGGUAUGGCAAACGCAAGUUGACCAGGUCUAUCAAAUCCUCAGACAAUGUCCAUGGCCGGAGGUGCUCCAGCCACUAGUACUCAGAUAUGAAAGCUUCUACCAAGACAAAACCUUGAUCUCCGUGAGCACAUCCUACGAAGCGAUAAGGCUGUCGACAGCAGCAAAAUAUCUCGGUCUCGAUGAACUGUCUGCCAAGCAGGAGGAUCCCAAUAUAAUAGCCAAGUUUACGAAGUGUGGAUGGACGUGGGACCCGGAGACAAAGUUGCUACACCCCAAAGCUAUCGUUGUAUUGCCCACGGAGAAGCAAUCCUCGAACAGCAUUCACGAUGCAAUGAAAAUGCUUGGAAAGAGCGGAAGUUGA